AUGGGGUCGGCGGGGACGGACGGCAUGUCCGGGCUGUAUCAGGUUUCUCUUGGGGAAGUCAAGGUCGCGGGCCAGUCGUUCGGACAGCUAAAGCCGGUGGUGAUGGAGCUUCCGAUCACCGACAUUACGGGGAAGGGGAGCGAAGGGAUGGAGAAGGGUGUUUCGGGCAUCCUGGGGAUGGACUUUUUGGCGCGAUUCGACGUCAAGCUUGACUUUCAGUCUGGCGACGCCACCUUUGCGAGACCCGGGAGCGCGGUGUCGGGGGGCCUGGGGUCGCGGGACAUGACGGGGAUACCGGGGAGGAUCUUGCCGACCGGGUUCAUGGUGAUAGACGUUAAGAUGAAGCCGACGGAGGCUGGGAAGGGGAGUCCUUCCGGGAUCCCGGCCAUCGUAGACCUUGGUUCAGCAUUCACAAUAGCGAAUUGGCCCGCGGGAAGGCUAGCGGGGCUAGAACCUCACGGUCCAAACGUCAGAUACAAUGGGCAGGUGGUCGCUGGUGCUGCUGCUCCGGGAGAGGUGUACAAGCCCGUCGAGGUGGGCGAAGCCAACAUGGACAUGCUCAUCGGCGCGCGGAAAGAUCUCGGCCAAUCAAACGGGAGCAACCUUAUUCGCUCGCGCGUGGUCAUGUUCGCCGACUUGCCCGGGUUCAAGGCCAUGGGCAUGACCGGGCCAACAAUCAUCCUUGGUUCCGAUGUUCUCAAGCUUGGCAAAGGGGCGAUGAUAGUCUCCUUCGUUAGCAAGAAGGUUUGGCUCGCCUUGUGAUCCCAACAACACGAGAAGAUGCUUCGCUGGGGAAACAAUGGGCCGGAGGGAUGCUUCUGCAUGUUCCCAUUUCGUCGCCAGACAUGGCGACCAACGAGGGACUGCCAUAUCUCCGUCCGGUCGACUUUGUCCACCGCUGAACCAGAACCUACACUUUCUUUUGUUGCAGAGAGAUUUGAGUCUCCCGGUGUGCUGUGGAAAAUGUCGAACGAGAGCGCUAUUUUGGAAAAGCCGGAUAGUUCAUGGGAGCAGGAAUUUGUUGUUCUUUUUUUGCCGGCGAGAAGACGAUCGCAAUUUCGAAACAAUUGGUUUCAAUGUUUCGUUUGGUCGAGGUAGGUCCCUUCUUAAUUCGUACCAUGGUAUUCCGAAUAGACGCACCCCCUUUUGAGGGGCUCACGGCAACCUAAGUCAGUGCGAUGUCCCCCAGGUUUCAACGGUAAACGGGAAUAACCGUACUUCGGCGGCGCCCCCCCCCCGCUUUUUUUUCAAGAAAGUUUUGAACUGAUCGACUUUUCGUUCCACGUCUCAAUCGGAUUCUACAAGUAUCGAAUUGGAACCCGUACCCAGCUUGUACAAGUUUUGAGUGAGGUACUGCUGUAGUCCACAUGUUUUGUGGGGCCGGCGAGGGCUGUUUCAACUAUAUGGAACGCUUUUUACAUUUUUCAA